AUAUUCAAUUGUCAUCCUUGUCAAAACCCUAGUUUUGUAUCUCUUAUACUUCGCAAGCAGCAGGAGCUUCUAAUCGAUCCAGCAAUGGCUGCUAUGGAUACCGGUGUUCAGGGCUGCAUCUUAUCCGUUUUGAUUCUCCACGACGAGGAAAUCUCAGUCACCGCCGAGAAGAUCAACGCUUUGUUGAAGGCUGCCAAUGUCUCCGUCGAGUCCUACUGGCCAAGCCUCUUCGCCAAGCUCGCUCAGAAUAAGAACAUCGAAGACCUUAUCUUGAACGCCGGUUCAGGCGGAGGUGCCGCCGUUGCCGUUGCCGCUCCCGCCGCCGGUGGUGCUGGUGCCGGUGCCGCAGCACCCGCCGCUGAGGAAAAGAAGGAAGAAGUGAAGGAAGAAAGCGACGACGAUAUGGGAUUCGGUUUGUUUGAUUAGGUCUUCUUUAGAUAGUUUGUAGCCAGUUUUUGAAUUUAAAACGUGUUUUGUUCUAUAAAAUUUUUAUUGGAGAGAUUCUUGGCCGUGAUUUUUAGUGGGUUUUUAAUAUAUCUGUUGCAAUUACAUUUC